AUGCCGUUGCCACCUCUUGAAGAAGCUCCACGCUCCAUGACGAGACGCAAUCAUCUCGUCGAACGUAAUCGUCUACGUGUGCAGGCGUACGCCCCAACAAGGAAAGAAUUGGAAGAUGAAGAGAUACGCAUUGCCCAACAACGACAGGAACAACGUGCAAAGAUGUUAGAUAGCUGGAAAAGUCAAACCAAUUACGAUGCCGAUCAAACACGUCCUCUUCCAGGCGGUGGUCCACGUUCCAAACGUAUGAAGGAAGCAGCCGCUAUUAAAAAUCCAAAUUAUUAUCAAAUCGUCAAACAAGAAGAUGCCCAACUGAAAUCUGAACGUCUUGCCUCUUAUAAAGCCGAUAUGUUGCAGCAAUUAAAAGAACGAGAGGAAUUCCUGCGUAAAUGUAGAGAAGAAGAAAAGGCAUCUAAUGAUGCACUUGUAAAGAUUAAUAAGGAUCAUGCACGUGAGAUGGAAGCUCAAGAACGUGCGGAUGCUCGUGCGAUGAAAGAAUACAUGGAUCGUGUACGCGAAAGUAAUCUUCGUGAGUUGGAGCAAAAACGUGAAAAGGAACAACAACGAGAGGCGUAUGAACUCUCCGCUCUUCGCACAUUACAACAACGUCAAAAGGAACAGGCGGAAAUAGAAGAACGUCGGGCCAGAGAUGUGAAACGAUAUAUGCAGUUGGAGAAUGAAGAAAAUCAUCGUAUCUUUAAAGGCAAACAAAAAGAAAAUAAAGCACGUGAAGAGGCAGAGUUAAAGGCAAUGGUGGAAUAUGAUGCCGCCCUUGCAGAACAGGAAAGACGAGAACAAUUGCAAAAAAGACAACAAUUUAAAGCUGAGUUUGAGGAAAGUAUUGCAAAACAAAAGGAAUUCCAACGAACGCAUAAUUAUGAUGAACCUUUGGAAUCUAUUCGUAUGCGGAAUGAAAAGGCUGCAGCUGAUUUGGCUCUUAUUAAACAAGAAGAACGACUUCGCGCAUCUGAACAGAGACGGGAAUACCGUAAUGAACUCAUGCAGCAAAUACGUGAGAAACAGGAAUGGCAGUUAUCACACUUAGAUGGUGUGUAG